AUGCGCGAGCAGUCGCGGGAGACACGGCUGACGUCGGCUCGCGGGGGCGGCGCCGGCCGAGCCGCGGGGUGGGCUGCCGCCGCCCGCCAGAGGGGCGCCCCCGGCGUGCCCAUGCAGUCCUGCAAGCUCGAGUGUCCAGACGAACUGCGGAAAUCUGUGCGGGAACAGGUGGAGCAGGGUCUGCUCAGUGGCUACACAGAGCAGUUCCUCGACUUUGAAACCAUCACACCAUACCCUGUGGGCAUUGUGGGCAUGCCGGACUACAAUUUCUUUCCAGAAUUUAGCGGCCAUAUGUGGUACAACCAAAUGCAACAGGGAUCUCAGCAUGGAGGAGCAAAUUAUUUGAGGCAAUCAGAUGACAAACUCCAGCCAUUUGGGGCCUGGAAUGUGUGUGGUAAUGACAGCCGAGGCCACCAAGGUUCAUCAGUGAUGGUCCGGCAGACAGUGUUAGGUGGCACAAACCAAUUUGGACUAGCUCAAAAUGGAACUUGUGCUGGUCAGAAUGCUGGACGCAUAGGUUCUGCACAGCUGCAACACUCUGGGCUAUUCCAGAAAAUGGAAAACUCUAGAGAAGACUGUGUGCGAGUAAGUACACCUGUGCAUGCUGGAUCUCAGCAGAAGCAGCUGCAUCAGCAACAUCAGAUUGCUCAGAGGCAGCAGCAGCAGCAACAGCAACAACAACAACAACAACAACAACACCAGCAACAACAGCAACAAGCCCAUCAACAACAACAACAACAGGUCUCAAAGCAGGCCAACAGCAAGAAGCAACAGGGAUCAAAUAUGGCUGUUUCUGUGACUUCUGGUGGAAGUACAUGCACCACAGCUGUCACUUCAACUGCUCCAGUUGACACUAAACCGUUACCUGCUUUUGAGCAGGCAUUUGGGUCUACUGAGAUUGGUCGUUUCUCACAUGAGGGUUUUUUUAGUAGCAUGCAGCAGCAACUUCAGCAGCAGCAGCAAAAUGAGAACAGUUGA